UUCGUCAAUUGUCAAAAUUUAUGUCGUGAGUGUUUUUCGUGUAAUAAGUCGAAUAAGUUGAAAAGUUAUUAAGUAAUAUCCUUACUAUCCUCGCUUAUAAUAAUUUAAGAUCUUUCAGUGUUUGCUGCAUGAAGAUAAUUCGAUAAUUCUUAAAUGUCUGCAUAGUAGUUAGUGACUGUUUCGGAUUGACAUUGAGAUAAUAUGUGAAUAGUUUUAAGUCGAUGCGCACUUUUAAUUACCUGAGUUAGUAGCGCAGUCGUCAGCUGUAGUUAUACCGUAAAUAUCUGCUUCGGGAUACAUGUAAUCUUUUAAUUUCUACGGCGUACACAACCAACGUCAAAAUGACUAUGAGUCAGUUAUCUGUUAUGAAACUUUACAAUACCGUGGUUGACGAUGUGAUAGCCGGAGUGCGCGAUUGUUUUUUGGACGAUGGUGUUGACGAACAAGUGUUGCAGGAGUUGAAACAAUUAUGGAAAACAAAGUUAACAGCUAGCGGGGCUAUGGAUCCACCGCGGGCGGAUUCCCCGUCGCUGCCACCGCCACCAGCAGUGUUACAAAACUUUCCGAAAGCCAACGGUAGUAACCUGAUGCCAAAAAGAGCUCAGGACAUGGUACCACAAAGCUCAAGUCACUCUGCUGCGGAGCAUGGUGCCCCUCCGUCAAACAUAGCCGGAGCUCACCCACACCAUAUCCUCGACCCCAACAACAAAGUACCUGUACAGCUAACGUUACCCGCUCAACCUGGUGUGCCAGGCUCGCAACCACGAUCAUUUACAAUACAGAUUCCUGCAUCUGCCCUCAAUGGGAACAAGUUGCACCAGGUUCUUACAGGACCGAUAAUAAAUGCUACUAUAAGUUUGCCUCAACCACUAGCAGCUACACUACUACAGCAACAUAUAAACUCUGCAUUAGCAAGUCAACAGAAUGAUUAUGAUGGUGGUGGAGGUGGCAGGAGUGGAGCAGCUCCAUUUUCUCUUGAUGGUGCGCUUGACUCAUCCGAUGAUGAAGGCUCAAAUGUUGGUGAUGGGUCAGAGGAUGGUGGUGGUGAUGACGAUGAGGAUGAGGAGUCAGCUGAGGAGCGGGCGGAGGAAGAAGAAGAGGAGAGAGAUGAGAGUGGAGGAGCAGAGGAAGAACCCCUCAACUCUGGUGAUGAUGUUUCAGAUGAGGAACCUGGUGACAUGUUUGACACUGACAAUGUAGUUGUUUGUCAAUAUGACAAGAUCACUCGUAGUCGUAACAAGUGGAAGUUCUACCUUAAAGAUGGUAUUAUGAAUUUAGCAGGCAAAGAUUUUGUUUUUCAGAAGGCCAAUGGUGAUGCAGAGUGGUGAAUUUUUGUUUAUUGAUAGAAUAAUGUGUAACAAUAUUGGUGUAAUAGUUCUGGUUGAGAGUAUACUAAAAAGCAAACCUAAUAGUAUUGGCUUAAGAUUUUGUAGAUAUAGUUUACGUAAUUAUAUGGUUCAGCAUCUUUUACAAUUCACACACAAACACCGCUUUUAGGUUGACGAAGGAUAUGACAACCAAAAGUGUGCAAAGAAAAAAAAGAUAUUAAAUCUGUUGUCAAAUAAAAUUCUCCAUUGUAUAGGUAGAUAAUAUAAUUUUUAAAAAAAGAUUAAAGUGCUUUGCUGAUUCUUAGUUUUAGUUAGUGUUGUUAUCAUUAUCUUAAAUAUGAUAUUACAUAUACCAAAAAAAAAAAAUUGCUGCCAUAUAAAACUUUUAUUCAAAUUUGUUUGAUUUUAUUACUUUUGGAUUGGUUGCAUUGACUUUUUAUUUUAAAGCUGCAUUAGAUGUUGAUCAAUGUUCUUUAUGGUCAACCUAAAGGUAUAUUUAUUUACAAAUACAUCUUAAAUGACCACAGGUUGAAUAUAAAAUAAUCUGAAAUGUUUAUAUAUAAAAGAUAUUACAGCAUUAAAAUUGGUAAAACAGAAAUAUGCUUCACCUUUAUUAAAGCAUAUUUAUGUAUUGUAAACAUUUAAAAUUUUACCACAUUAACUAACAUAUAAGAUGCAAUAUUUAAAAAAUCUUAAGUCCAUACUGCUUGCGAAAAUUUUAGACUGUACCUACAUAGGUGAUGGUUAAAUAUGAUGUGAAUUUUAAUAUUAGAUAAACCACCCAUGUGUAUAUUAAAUUUCUUGAUUAGCUUCACUAUUGCAUUUUGGAAUCAGUUCAAAGAAGAAAAAUAUUUAAAUAAUGUAAAGUACUUGUUGAGUAUGAUGUGUAAACAAAUUUUACAAAAUUCUUUUCUUUUAUAUUAUAAUAGUUUAUGCUUGCAUUAAAUAAAAGGCUGACCAUAUAAAAGCAAAACUGAAGUAGGUACCAUUUGCUUAUCUUCUAACAGGUUACUGUGCAGUUUCUCUAAACUUCAAUUCCAAAAAAUAACAACUUAUAUUAUAUCCUAUGUUAUAACAUAUAAGAUAUAAUAAUAAUUGAAUACACUGGCUAAAAAUAGUCUGUUUAGAAAAACCACUUGCUCAGUGACUGACUGACUUACUUAUAAUUUGUAGGCACUAACAAGCCUACUAUAAAGGGGCUUCUAACUUAUAUUACAAAAAACUGAACUUUGUGAGAAACAGCUGGCUACCUUCUGAUAAAAACCUAAAUAGCUGCAAUAUGCUUUAACUUUUCUGAUAGGCAAACUUGUUGUUUUCUUCCAAAACACAUAAUUUAAUAAAACUUCUUAUGUACUCAUCCCACAUUUUUUAUGGAGAUGACCAUAAAUUAGCAACUAUCAAAAAGUUACAGAAUAUAGUCUAGAAACAUUGCUUAUUUUUUGCUGCAUAUGUGUCUGUCCUUUCUGUGGCAGCUAUACUCAAACAUUAUAAUAUGCUAGUUAUAUUAUGAAUAAGCUAGUUGGAAAUGAGGGACCUCAGCUGAUUGGGAUAUUAGUUUUCCUAAUAAAUAAUAAGAAAAAAUCUUAACUUUUCACAGUACCUAAUUUAAUCAUAAUUUUAGAGACACUGACACUACAAAAUUGCCAUUACAAAAUAUGCAAUAAGAACUUAAAUAUUAGCUGAUCAUUAACAAUGAAAUGGGUUAUGGAUGAAGAUGGCUACAGCACAAGGGUUAUGUAUGCGGAUCUUAUGUAAAUAUAUCUAAUGAUCCUAUACAAUAUUUAAACAAUAAUUCACACACAGAUGUUAAAACUAUUUCAAGUCAUUACAGGUUAGGGUUGUAAAUUUUUUGCUUAGGUUAAUUUUAUAUGAAAAUGUGUUUAUUUGAAAUUUGAAUCAUUCUUCUUAAUUGAGUAUUAAUAAUACAUCAUAUGGUGUUAUUGUGUGUGUGUGUGCUAGCACCCCUUUCCAACUAACUUUGAUAAAUAUAAAUUUUGAGAUAAUACUGCCUUCUUAAAAUGUAGGCACUGUAUACAAUGUAAUCUUAUAAUUUUCGAUCGUUUUACAAUAAAAUUGAUUAUAAUGAUUUGGCAUGUACUGUUUGUUACCAAAUUUGAAAUAUUAAACUAAUAAUUACAAUUUUUAGUAGCCUUUUAUGAUGUGAAUACUAAGUUACAUAAAUUAACUAUUGAAUCUUAUGGAGGUGUACCUAAUGAGUAGGAACUGCAAACUGGGAUUGCAAGUAAAAAACCAUUAAUGAAUAUCUCAGAUAUGUGUAAAAAAAGUUUAUUAUGUUUAUUUGUGCAUUUGUUUGGUUAUUAGUUGCAAAUUGUGUUAAGGUUGAUUCGGAAAUGAGUGAACGGGAACCUUUAAGCAGUUUCAACACCACAGAAUCUGUUUUAAAAAUACUGUAGAAGCAUAUGGUAGAUGAAUAAAGUUACCCGAAGUCCACUA